AUGAGAAAUGUUUGUUUUGCAGACGUCCCUCAUCUAAAAGGGCAGCAGAGGAUCGAGGAGUUUGACCAAGUUCUGCUGGGAUUCGCCUUCCCUUCAUUUUACAAUAGUUACAACAAGUCCUGCUGUAAACUAUAUCCAGGAGGAUGUUACAAGCUGCUGGACAGUGCAGGAUUUACCUGUGAUUUACUGAAAGGAAGAGUUACGACAACUGAGAAAGACGGCUGGAUAGAAUUCAAAAUAUGGAACGUGCGGUUUGUGGACGGAGGCUAUUACAGAUGUAUUGUGCUGGGAACUCAAAGCCUCAUCUACAGUGAUUACUAUGUCGAGGUGUCUGAGGUUUCAGAUCACCACAGCCGGUCUCAGCCUUCACUGACAACAGCUGUAAAAGUCCCCAAGACCUCCACAACACGCCCAGACUCCACCGGGCCUGCUCUGGCACAGGACCACAGUGACCGUCUCAGAGUUCCCUGGAGUUUUGGCCUGCCACUAGCUGUCAUUGUGUCCAUUACAGCGAUGAUUUUGAUCACUUCAGUUAUUGGUGUUGUUUGCUGCAGAGUCAAGGCAAAACGUAAAAAGCCUGACAAAUAUGGAGAAACUGUGUGUGAGUCACUGAAACAAGAGGGCCCGGAAAUGAGUGGCAUAGUCUACACAACAUUAGACUUCAGAGCUCACCAGAAACCUACAGAGGUGUAUGCAAACCUGAGGAUGCCCAAAACACAAGCGGGAGCCCCUGACUCAACCUGGAGCGAAGAGCAUGACGGGGUGGUGGAGUACUCCACACUGGCAAUCCACCAGUGA